AUGAAUAAACCAAUGGGCCCGUUGCUACUCGCUGCCACGCUUAUGGCAAGCGGUGCUAUCGCACAGACACAAAGCGUUUGGGGACAAUGUGGAGGUACGGGCUACAGUGGCCCAACGAACUGUGCUUCUGGUUCUGCAUGCUCUACAUUGAAUCCCUAUUACGCCCAGUGCAUUCCAGGCGCAACCAGCUUCAUUACCUCGACUACCUCGACCAAGUCUCCUGGUUCUGGGUCAAGCACAACCUCUUCAGCUUCUCAACCAACAGGCUCUGGGCAGACGCGAUUUGCUGGUAUCAACAUUGCCGGGUUCGACUUUGGCUGCACAAUUGAUGGAACCUGUGUUACUUCACAGAUUUACCCGCCACUGAAGAAUUUUGGUGGUACUAAUAACCACCCAGAUGGUGUCGGCCAGAUGCAGCACUUUGUCAACGAUGAUAAAUUAAACAUCUUCCGUCUACCUGUUGGAUGGCAGUAUCUUGUUAACAACAACCUGGGUGGAACAUUGGACUCCACCGCUAUUAGCAACUAUGAUCAGCUUGUUCAAGGCUGUUUAGCCACUGGAUCGUACUGUAUUGUCGAUAUCCACAACUACGCCCGUUGGAAUGGCGCAAUCAUUGGCCAAGGUGGCCCUACAAAUGCUCAAUUUGUCAGCCUUUGGACGCAAUUAGCAACUAAAUAUGCGUCUCAGUCAAAAGUCUGGUUUGGCAUUGUGAACGAGCCGCAUGAUGUGGAUAUUAACACUUGGGGUCAAACUGUGCAAGCCGUUGUUACUGCCAUCCGUAACGCCGGUGCCACAACGCAAUUCAUUUCACUGCCAGGAACCGACUUCCAGUCCGCUGGAAGCUUCCUCUCCGAUGGCAGCUCUACUGCCCUGUCCCAGGUGAAGAAUCCUGAUGGUUCGACGACAAACUUGAUCUUUGAUUUCCAUAAAUACCUUGACUCUGAUAACUCUGGUACUCAUACAGAGUGUGUCACCAACAACAUCGCUACCGCGUUCCAGCCUGUCGCCACCUGGCUUCGCCAGAACAAGCGCCAAGGUAUUUUGACGGAAACUGGUGGCGGCAACACUCAGUCAUGCCUUACGGACAUGUGCCAACAGAACCAAUUUCUCAACCAAAACUCCGACGUCUUCCUCGGCUACAUUGGCUGGGGUGCUGGCUCAUUUGACAGCACUUACGAAUUGACCUUGACACCGACCCAAAACGGAAACACUUGGACUGACACUGCUCUGGCAGCAGCUUGCUUUUCUCGCAAAUAG